AACGGCCUUCCAUCCCUUGCCCAGGAGGCGAUGGAUUACUCCUACGACGACGAUUUGGACGAGCUGUGCCCGGUCUGCGGGGAUAAAGUCUCCGGCUACCAUUACGGGCUGCUGACCUGCGAAAGUUGCAAGGGCUUCUUCAAGAGAACGGUUCAGAACAACAAACACUACACCUGUACGGAGAGCCAGAAUUGUAAGAUCGACAAGACGCAGCGAAAGAGGUGCCCCUACUGCCGGUUCCAGAAGUGCCUCGCGGUGGGGAUGAAACUUGAAGCUGUGCGCGCCGACCGCAUGAGGGGCGGCCGGAACAAGUUUGGCCCCAUGUACAAGCGCGACCGGGCCAUGAAGCAGCAGAAGAAGGCCUUGAUCCGCGCCAACAGCUUCAAACUGGAGACGCCGCCCGCCAUCGUGUCCCCGGCGCAGGCCGAGUAUGGCGGUCUGUCGGCCUCGCUCCACGGCCUGAGCCACCACCACCACCACCAGCCCGGCGUGGCGAAGGGAGUGGCGCCGCCCGGGAUCAGCGGCGGGAUCAGCAGCUCGGCCGCCAUGACGCCCGUCGACUACGAGCGCGGCUCCUACGGGGCCCUGGCCGUCCCGGUGCCCUCGGCUCCCGGCCCACUCCCCGGCGGAUACCACUAUCCGGCAUUCACCAGCCGGGCCAUCAAGUCCGAGUUCCCGGACCCGUACGCCACCCAUCCCAACGAGGCGGCGCCGGCCUACCCCUACCCGGAGGUCUACGCCGGAGGGAGCUCGCCGGCCCCGGGGGCUGACAUGCCCGACGUGAUCCUCAAGCUGCUUCAGCAGGAGCCCGACGAGGCGCAGGUCAAGGGCCGCAUCCUGGCCUGCCUGCAGGAGGAGCAGAGCAAGGGCCGGCACGACAAGCUCAGCGCCUUCGGCCUCAUGUGCAAGAUGGCGGAUCAGACCCUCUUCGCCAUUGUGGAGUGGGCGCGAGGCUGCGUCUUCUUCAAGGAGCUGGAGGUGGGUGACCAGAUGAAGCUGCUGCAGAACUGCUGGAGUGAGCUGCUGGUCUUUGACCACAUUUUCCGCCAAGUGCAUUAUGGGAAGGAGCACAGCAUCUUGCUGGUGACGGGCCAGGAGGUGGACAUGUCGACCAUUGCCAUGCAGGCGGGAUCCAUCCUGAACAACUUGGUGCUGAGAGCCCAUGAGCUGGUCCUACGCUUGCAUUCGCUCCAGGUGGACAGGCAAGAAUUCGUUUGCUUGAAGUUCCUCAUCCUCUUCAGUCUCGAUGUGAAAUUCGUGGAGAACUCCAGCGUGGUCAAGGAGGCGCAGGAGAAAGCCAACGCCGCCCUGAUGCAGUACACCGUCUGCAACUACCCGCACGCCACGGACAAGUUCCGCCAGCUUCUCAUGCAGCUGGCCGACAUCCGGUCGCUGAGCAUGCAGGCGGAAGAAUACCUGUAUCACAAACACCUGAGCGGCGACGUGCCUUGCAACAACCUCCUGAUUGAGAUGCUCCACGCCAAGAGGACUUGA